AUGCCAUUACGAGUACGAAAUCUAUUGGAACAGCUGGGUGACGAACUCAUUCUUAAAAUUCAACUCGGUCGUACACCUGUCCAAGGUUUUCCUAUUAAAAUACUUAACUUUUUAAGCCAUUCAAAAUUUACCGAUAAACAACUUGAGCUUGGUUAUGAUGAAAUCUAUCACAAUUAUUUACUCAUUACUAUAAAGAAUAGUCAAGGACCUCAUACACUACAACAUAUGCUUGGAAAUAUCAGAUUAAAUGUAAGUGCUAGAACCAUUCUUAAACUUGAAAAAGCACAACGUAUUGCUCUCAAACCUCCGUCUAUACCCGAUGAAUUGAUUGAUGUAUAUGAUAUUCCACUAACACCAGAUAAACCAUUAACACUCAAUCGACUAAUUUCCACAGCGUCGAAUGUCGACAAAAAUUUUUACACGUAUGAUGCUGGUGAAAAUAAUAUGUGUCAAACAUUUGUCGAAAACAUUAUCGAUAUCAAUGGUUUGACACCUAAUAUUAUUGAUCAAGCAACAUUGAAUGCUCUCAAACCAAUCGAUACCAAAGCAUUGAUUUCUUCGCUAGGCAGUCGAUCUAAUAUCGUUAAAGUGGCGACUGAUUUCACUGCCAAAUUGGACAAAUUAGUAUUCGACCAUAAGAUCAAAUGGAAAAAACCUCAACCAAAAGAAUUUGCUCUAUUGCCUAAUGUCAAUGUCACUGAUUUGGAAAGCACCAACGAUAUAUACUAUGCGAUUCUAGAGCUCGAAAAAAAUGCACGAAUUCUUCUUCACUCAACGCCACCACCAUCGCCGCCCGAAUCACCAUUGCGCUUCAGAUUUUAA